AUGUUUUAUCUGUGUCUCUUCAUAGAGGGCGACCUUACUUCUUUGGCAAACAGCCACUUCUUCAAUAUUAGUAGCAAAGUUGAAGUCUCCAGCUCUUCAUCCUCAACCACCACAGGUGCCGCAACAAUCACAACAGGCUCCACAGCGCUUGGUAUCCCGAUUCCAACCACCUCCAUUUAUUCAUCUAGCCCUACAACAAUGGCGGCAACAUUUGUGGCUUCAAGCGAUACCUCGACAGGGAUGAGUACAGGGAUAAAGGCUGCUAUUGGAGUUGGGGCAUCUGCUGCGGGCAUUUUCAUUGUUGGCUUUGCCUGGUUUUGCAUCACUCGGCAGAGAUCGAAGCCAAGCCCGCUGCCACCAAAGGACUUCGUCGAUUUGCCCAUUCUUCAUUCUUUGUAUGGGGAGCGUGAAAAACGAACCUUGGAUAGCGACCACAAGCAAUCAUCAGUCUACGAAUUGAGUAGCAACCCUUACUAUCCACCCCCACGGUUUGAAUUUCCAGCGAUCUCUUGA